CGGCAGCAGCAGCAACCACAGUAACGGCAGCAACAUGCAACAUCAACAUCCACAGCAACAACACAAACAAGUGCGCUGCAGAAAUCUACGAAGAAACGUAGAAAUCGGUGCUAAGAAGAUUUGGCUGCCGCUUAUCAUUUUCCUUUCACUGCAGGUCGCCCUCGUCUGCGCGGACGAUGUGGAGGUGGUGAAGGCCAUUGCCGGUGGGCCGGACGACGAUCUGACCAUCGCCCUGGGUGAUCACGAGAACGAGCUGGACCAGAUGGCCCAGGAGUCGGAGCAGGAGCAGCAGGCUCAAGCGCAACAGCAGCAGCAGCAGCAACAGCAGCAACAGCAGCAACAGCUGCCGCAGAUCCAGAUGCAGUUGCCCCAGUCGGUGCCCAAGGUGCAGGUGCACUACCAGCACAACAUGCCCCAGCCACCGCCCAAUGUGGCCGUGGGCCUCACCAUGCGCAACAAUCACCAGAACAUUCCGCUGAGCUUUGGCCAGCCCUUCGGACCGCCGCCGCCGCCGGGAGCGCAGUUCUACAAGGGACCGCCGCCGCCGCAGCUGCAGCAGCGACCGCAGCCGCCGCCGCAGUUGCAGUUGCAGGUGCAGCCGCAACAGCAGCAGCAGCAACAGCAGCAGCAGCAGCAGCAGCAGGGACAGCAGCAACAGGUGCAGGUGCCCGAUUUGAGUGUGGGCGGAUCGAGCAACAACGAGAUCUGGGCGGCUCCCGUGCAGGACAUGCCCAAGAUCGUCUCCCUGGACGUGAAGUGCGAGAAGAACGGCAUGAAGGUGUUCGUGCAGUUCGACAAGCCCUUCAACGGCAUCGUCUUCUCGAAGGGCCACUACAGCAACAUGAACUGCGUCCACCUGCCCUCCGGAUUGGGCCGCAGCUCGGCUAGCUUCGACAUUGGGCUGCACGAGUGCGGAACCGCCGGGAAUACGGACAACUACAACCAGGGCUAUGGCCACGAGGCGGGAAGCACGGGGGCGGGCACGUAUUUCGAGAACAUCAUCGUCAUCCAGUACGAUCCGCAGGUGCAGGAGGUGUGGGAUCAGGCGAGGAAGCUGCGCUGCACGUGGCACGAUCAGUACGAGAAGAGCGUGACCUUCAGGCCCUUCCCCGUCGACAUGCUGGAUGUGGUGAGGGCGGAUUUCGCGGGCGACAAUGUGGGCUGCUGGAUGCAAAUCCAAGUGGGCAAGGGCCCGUGGGCCUCGGAGGUCUCGGGGCUGGUGAAGAUCGGCCAGACAAUGACCAUGGUGCUGGCCAUCAAGGACGACGACUCCAAGUUCGAUAUGCUGGUGCGCAAUUGUGUGGCCCACGACGGCAAGAGGGCGCCCAUUCAGUUGGUGGACCAGAGGGGUUGCGUUACCCGACCCAAGCUAAUGUCCCGCUUCACGAAGAUCAAGAACUUCGGGGCCUCCGCCUCGGUGCUGUCGUAUGCCCACUUCCAGGCCUUCAAGUUCCCCGACUCGAUGGAGGUGCACUUCCAGUGCACCAUCCAGAUCUGCCGCUACCACUGCCCGGAGCAAUGCUCGGCGGAGACGAACCUCCAGGACGUCCACCAUCUGCAGGUGGGUCCGGAGUCGCAGUACGGACCGCCGCCGCAGCUCCAUGUGGAUGCGUAUCAUGUGGCCAGUGCGAUUGGCAAGCGAAGGGACGAGCGGAGGGUCCAGAGGAGGGCUCGAGCGGUGGCCGAGCCGCAGGUGGGCCUGAACAGGAUCAUCAAGGUGGUGUCCUCUGGGGAUCUGACCUUUGCAAUUGACGAGAAUGGUAAUGGUAGCUCCUCUUUGAAUGGCUCCUCCUUUGGCAACGGGGUGGAUCGCAGUCCACAGACGAUGGUGUUCCCGCUGCGCGAGGAGGGACUCAUCUGCAUGACCACGCCGGGCUUCGCCAUCACGCUCAUCGUGCUGCUGGGCAUCCUGGUCACCUCCUGCCUCACCUCCGCCGUGCUCUACGUCCGCCUGCGCCCCUUCGCCUCGUUCUCGGCCAGCGCCAAGGAGCGGGCCGUCGCCUUCACGAAUCCCCAGCUGGCCCAGCUGCCCCAGCUGCCGCAUCCCGUCAUCCAGCUGCCCUCGCCGGCGGAUCUGCAGGGCACGCUCUCCAAGAAGCGGGCGAUGUCGUGAGCACGCCUCCGACUGUGCGACUGCAACUAGUUCCGUUUGGAGGUUGGAGGAUGGAGGAUCGGAUGGUGGAUGGGCGGUCGGAUAUCAGGUGGCUUGGCAUUGGCAAUAGUGGAUGGUUAUCGGGGUCUUGGCGGC